GGCAAUAGAUAUUGGUGAUCACACCACGACGUCUUCCCAUGUCUAUAACGUAAAAUCGAGUCAGGAGUUCGGUUCGGCGAACCGCAGAAUCGGUCUGACACGAGGCUCGUCGCGUUCGGCCCCGACGCAUGAGCAAGAAGCCUGCACGGCCACUGAAGCAUUUCGUCGAACAGCUGAUCAACACUCAUCGAACAAGCCCCUCUCGGCUUCGUCCCGCCGACGGCCACCCCACUAACCAUCACCGUCCGCCAGUAGAAGCCACGGCCACGCUCUCUCGUCCACGUGGCACAGCGCCAGGAGCUACGUGUCACUCUUCGAAGCUCCCUCGUCGCCACUAAGCAUCGUUCCUGCCCUACUACUGCUCCUUCCUCUUCAAUCCCAAAACUGUAAAUCAUUCAGUCCCUGAUCUGCCGGAAGACAAGAACAGAUGCGCCGGUUUAAGUCCAUCGCGUCUAGUUACUUGACCCUCCGCCGUAACCACCACCAACACGACCUCCAGAAUGUCGGGUCGAUGGCCUCCCGGCUCAGGACCCGGUCCGUGAUCAGGUUCCGCGGCCCGGACACGAUCAAGUUCCUCCAGGGCCUACUGACCAACGAUGUGCGGCGGUUCGGCGAGACCCCUGGCGAGAAGGGUUCGAACCUGCCCACGCCCAACCAGCCCGUGCGCACGGUCCCUCCGAUGUAUGCUGCUCUGUUGACCCCUCAGGGGAGGUUCUUGUAUGACCUGUUCCUGUACAGGCCCGCGAGGCCCGAAGAGAAGCUCGACAAGACCGGGUCCGGACCCGGGGCCGACGACGGGGAGCUCGAGCUGCUCGCGGACAUGGAUGCGCAGGUCUUGGACGAGGUUGUGCAGACAUUCAAAAGAUACCGAUUGAGGGCAAAAGUAGAUAUUGAAAAUGUGGCCCAAGAUUUUUCUUGUUGGCAGCGUUACAGUGGUAACUUCUCUCACAAGUCCUCAAAAGCAGAGGAGCCAGAUGCUGCUAGUGUUGGCUGGGGUGCUGGUGUUGACAAAUCCGCCAUGUCUGCUUCACAAGGAAAUGAAAAAGGGUGGCAGUGGUUCAAAGAUCCUAGAUUAGACUCUCUGGGUUAUAGAGGAAUAUUUCCAUCUUCUUCAGAACCUCCUUUGGUUGAAGCAGAUAAAGAAACAGAUGAAAAAAAUUAUUUUCUUCGGAGACUAGAGAAGGGGGUGGCAGAGGGCUCAACAGAGAUUCCCAAAGGAGAGGCAAUUCCACUAGAAUACAAUCUAGAAGGUCUUAAUGCGAUAAGCUUCGACAAGGGUUGCUAUGUUGGGCAGGAAUUGAUUGCUCGAACCCAUCACCGAGGUGUCAUCCGCAAGCGUUUGCUCCCUUUGAAGUUCCUUGACGAUGAAGGAAAAGAAGUAGAGCAGAAAGUUGCUCCUGGAUCAGAAAUCCUGCACGCUGCUUCUGGCAAGAAAAUCGGAACAGUCACCACCACUCUGGGAUGUCAAGGUCUUGGUCUAUUACGGUUGGAAGAAGCUCUCAAAAAGUCCGGUUUGCUUACCAUACUUGGGCAAGAGGAUCUCAAGGUUGAGGCAGUUAAACCAGAUUGGUGGCCUCCAGAAUGGUUUCAAGAGCUUAAAUGGCACAGUGCAGUUGCUUAAAUUUUGUCGCGUAACUAUCAACUCACUCUACACCCUGAUGUUGGGAACAAACUGUGCUUUUAAAGCUGUUUCUGUUAGAAGGAGAAAGAUCGUUCUGACAAAUUGUGUAGCAGGAUUGUAAUUUAACACACAAAGUCCGAGUCAGAAUAAUUGCAAGGGAAAUAGCAAUGUUCAAUCUUCAAGAGAAACAGAAGAUUCAAUUAACGAGCCAGUGUUACAACGA